AUGGGAAUCCUUCUCAACUGCUUCGGAGGCUCUUCUUCAACAUCUAAGAAACAACCUUCCACUUCAGUAGAAUAUCUCUGCCACCGCUUUUCUCUCGCCCAGCUUCGAAAAUCCACCAACGACUUCCACGAAAGCCACUUUCUCGGCCAAGGCCGGCAUGGUCCGGCGUACAAGGGCUCCAUCUCCAUCAACGGCCAACUGAAAGAUAUUGCAGUGAAGCGUCUGGGAACCCGAUCAUCGAUUUCCUCAGACGGUCUCACUCUGUACAAGAACGACGUCGUGUUCAUGUGCCAGCUCCACCACCCGAAUCUGCUGUCUCUGGUUCGAUUCUGCGACGAUAAAAAUGAAAUGAUUGUGGUCUAUGAGCAUGCCCCAAACGGAUCACUGCGGGAUCUACUUGAGAGCAAGCCGCCGACGUUCUGGUGGAAGAAGAGGCUGGAAAUCAGCAUCGGAGUGGCGCGUGGAUUACACUACCUUCACUCCGGAACCAAACGCAUCAUCAUUCAUCGCCAUAUAAUAUCGGCUUGCAUUCUUUUGGGCGAGAACUGGGUUCCCAAACUCUCCUAUUUCGGGUUCUCUCUAAGAGGACCCAAGUUUUCAGCAAAGGAUAUGAAACCCCUCACUCUGGAAUCGGUCAAGGGCCCUAGGGGAUACAUAGCUCCGGAGUGCUUCGGCGGCAGUAACGUCACGUACGAAUGCGACGUUUAUUCAUUCGGAGUAGUUUUGUCAGAACUCAUUUGCGGAAAGACUUUAUCUCAAAUCAGCGAGCUUGAGGGGCGAACAGGAAGAGCUGAGGGAAUUAUUGAUGAGACUUUGGUGGGACAAAUAGCAGCAGAGUGCUCGAAAUUGUAUAUGGACAUUGCAGAGAGUUGCUUGAGUGAGGAUGAUAAUGAGAGGCCCGACAUGGGAGAUGUUGAAGUUCAACUUGAACGGCUAUUACAGCUGCAAGAGGAAGCAGAUUCUACCAAUGCUUCCUUGUGA